AUGGCAGCCCCACAGAAGUUUAUCUACUCCGACAUGUUCCUCGAUAUGAUUCAGGGCAGCUCCAUCACAGUCAUUGUCGGUCAACACCCAUCAUGUCGGACCUACACGCUUCCUGUCGCUCUACUCUGCGUUCACUCUAUCUACUUUCGCGACCAGAUUACUCGCAUCAACGACACGGUGUUGAAGGAUCAUACAGCUAGCAAAAAGCGCAAAUUCUCCACUUCUGACGAUGACGUGGUGGUGAUCAAGGAAGAGGAUGGAGAGCUUGCUAAAGAGGAAGACACGAAAGAGAACACAGAAAACGACGAGAAGGUGAUCAGGUUACCAGAUGUGGAUCCCGCCAUCUUCGGCCUCUUCCUCAAGUUCAUCUACAAGGACUCAUACCCAUCCAACGUCGACGCGAGGAGUCUCCCAAACAACGCCAAUUUUUAUCCCAGGACAGCAAGCGCAAACAGGGCAAGUUCCGUUCCAGCGACAACCGUAGCACCUCAGCAACCACCCACUCAGAUGCCGUCUCACUUCCAGCCCAACUACCCGCUCACCCCCGCUCAAACCCCAACCCGAACAAGCAUGCCACCCCCUCCCAUCCCACACAACAUAACCUCUCCCCAACCCAUUCCCCCCUCGAUCCACGCCUGGCUCCUCGCCCAACGCCUCGGCGCCCUCUCCUUCAUGAACCACACCAUCCAACACAUCUAUUCGGGAAUCGGUCGUCACUUCGCCCUCACACCCACGCUCAUCGACCACGUAUGGCGGGAGACCACACCCUCCUCAUCUCCCACAUCAACGAUUCUAACACCCUCGCCCCUCCGCAACCUCCUCCUCCACACCCUGACAACCUACUGGUCGCAGCCGGGCCCGCAGCAGAACCCCAACGCCAUCAUUUUACGCUCGCUAUCUGUGUCGCACGGACAAGGCCAUUUCUCGACGGGGUUGAAAGACGCGUGGGAUAAGCUGUUCAAUGAGCAUGAGGAUUUGAGAAACGAGUUUAUCCAUGGGUUGCAGGCGGGUCCGGGGCAGUUGGGUGUUGUGGGGGCGUAUUUCGCUACUUCGGGGACUGUGGUCGUGGGAACUGGAGGUGGAGGUGGAGGUGCGGGUAGGAGCGAGGCUGUGAAGGGCAAGGAGAAGGAGAAAGGUGAGGGUGAUGGAUGGGUGGACACAGGCAGGAGGGUUAUCAUCAAGGAGGAGGAAAGUGGUGAGAUGAAGGUUUUGAAUGAGACGAAGGCGACUCGUGUCUGA